AUGGCAACAUCGGUCGAGCAUUCGCACAGUUAUAAUAUGAAAUCUUUUUUUCAGCGUAUCCAAGCCUUUUGGUGCCGAUUUACAUUUCCUAAUAAACCGCCAGCUAGUGGUGCAUAUCCCUAUUACGGCGGAUGCCAUACACGGAACUACACGAAUCAGUAUUUCUGCUACAAUCCACAAAACUCAGCGAAAACCAUCAAUACAUUUAUUACCGCCAUGUGGAGUGGCAGUUUCCAGUGGUUCAUCCACCUUACGCCCACCUGGGACCAGGUCCCUUACAAAUGCUGCCAACCGCCGCCCGGCUACUACAUCGACUACACCUCAUGCUACUAUCAGGUGACCCACGACCCCUUCUUCGAAUACUACGACAACACCAACUUCUACAUUGUGGUGUGCGCCAACGGCUACGUCAUGACCGGCAUCUCCAAGAAGAUCAACCCCUACGACCACGAAUACCACAUCGAAUGGAUCCAGUGCUGUCGGAUGGGGUUUGGCCCUUACAUAGCCACGCCCCCGCCGGUGACUACCAACCCGACGGAUGGCUCGUAUUCACUGUACAGUCCGCGCUCCAAUAAUGCGCCGUUGACGCACAUUAGUGAAGCGUACCGCGGACAGUAUCGGACGGUGCGCAGUGCCGUGGGGGAUGAUGAGACGGAUGAGUAUUUUGUUAAUAAGACUCUGCAGUUGCCGGAUGGGCAGUUGGGUGGUGAUGCGGAUAUGGUGGCGUACCUGAAGAGGAAGACGGCCAAGGAGAAGCGGAAGAAGAAAAAGGAAGGGGACAAGUAUGAGAAUCUGACGGUGGAGGCGCUGGAUCGGCCGCUGGUCAAGUUCUCUACUGCGGGCGAGGGUGGAGCUUCUUAUUAAAUUUUUAUUGAAAGAUCUUAAAAAUUUGUUGUUGUUUAGUCCGUUUAGCAGUUUGUGAUGGGUGCACCCGUUUGUUAAUCUGUGGUGUGGCCGAUUGGUAUCGUUCUCCGUGAAUCAUUGCAUUGUUAUUACGACGUGUUUGGUUAGUACUUUUGGCAGGAGUGACCUUUAGCACGUUGUCACAUUAUCACGAACAACAAAU